AUGGCUUCUGAUCCCCCUCCAAAAAGGGGCAUGUCCCUGUACGCCAAUUUACUUGAUCCGUCUACUGAUGCGCCUGGCACAAUAUCCCGUGCACCUGUUGUCUUUAAGCAGCCGGAGACCGAACCUCAACCCGACGACGCGGCCAAAAAGCAACAACUGAAUCCUGCUUCUCUUCGGUUCCAGCCUCCCAAAAGACCACAGCUCUCUGCCCAGAAGCCUAAACCGAAACAUACUUUACCCAAGGCAGCGCCUCCACCACAGCCCUCAGUCAACCAAUCUUCGGUGCCGACAAAGAGCACUUUGGCUGAUUGGGCCGCCGUUGAAGAUGACGAUUAUGAGUACACGCGCGAGAAGCGGCAGCGCGGUGGAAGAAAGAAGCGCAAGAAGAACUUCGAAACACAUGUUGUCCAAAACUGGGAAGAUAUCUACGACCCUUCUCGACCUACAAAUUGCGCGGAAUACCGCCAUAGCGAUGAGAAGAUUGGUGAAAUCCGCGAGUGGAAAGAUGGCUUGUAUGCGCAUAUCAGGAAGCGUUCACCGAGCAGAUAUUCCGAUAGCGAGGAUGAUGACCGGCCAAAAAAGAGUAUGUUCGGGUCUUUUGCGAUUAGUGAUGACGCCCAGACUAAAAAGAUACCAUCAGGACAAUUCGCGCCACCGAGCAACUUUGCGCCGCCGCCGAAUCUUAACGAUGUGCCACCCCUAGCUUCUGUCCCCGAUAACCCAUCCGGUGAGGACGCAUUUGCUCGCCGUGCAGCAUUAGGGCAACGCCCGUCACGCACUCCCCGAACCGAAGAUUCUACCUCAAUUGCCGAUCACCCCACUGGCGAAGACAUGUACAUGCGCCGCUUCCAGAGAGCCGAGAACCGACCAUCGGGACAAGUCAUUCCACCUCCUGCACCCUCACGCCCCCUUGACGCCAUCCAACCCAGCUCCGCAACCAUCUCCCGUGCACCGGUCCGGUACACUCUUCCACCACCCCCAGAAGACAUCCCGGCCUCCGAAGCCGAGCUUGAAGCUGUAUUGGCCCAAGAGCAACCGGGGGAGGAGGAGCCAGAUGAAUCCGCGCCACGAUCCCUUCGUCCCGGGCAACAAGGCUUCGCAGAACGACUUCUUUCUAAGUAUGGCUGGACCAAAGGAUCUGGCCUCGGCGCUACUGGUUCUGGUAUGGUGAAGCCGCUGGAAGUCAAGAUUGAGAAGCGAAAGAAGCGACCAGACUCAGAGGGUGGUGGUUUUGUCACACCUGCUGGACGAGGUAAGAUCAUUGGAAGCAACAAGAAGGGUGAAUAUGAGACCAGCAAGUUUGGCCCUAUGAGCCAAGUGGUCAUCCUACGGGGCAUGCUGCAAGGCAUGGACCUGGAUGCGGAGAUAGAGAGAAGUGAUGGUGGUGGUUUGGUGCAGGAGAUUGGAGGGGAGUGUGACGAGAAGUAUGGACCCGUGGAGCGAGUCGUCAUUCCUCGCGACGUCGGAACCCCAGUCCCGGUCUUUGUCAAAUUUAAGGAUCCCUUGUCUGGGCUACGGGCCGUGAACGCGCUCGAAGGCCGUAUGUUCAAUGGUAACACAAUCACCGCGCGAUUUUUUGACCUCGAGAAGUUUGAACUGGGGAUUUACACGGCCUAA